AUGGCGCCUUCACACUCGUUCAAACUAUACUUGUCACUCGCUUUAUCUUACCUCAGUCCCCUCGUUUCCGCCGCGCCAUGGAUAGUAACAGAAAAUUAUGAGCAGGAGCUCGUAACCUACGGUUACAACUCCUUGCGCGUAAACACCUACAUCCAACAAAUCACCCCAACGGCAACUCUCCCCGCAGAAGCGCUAUCAACUAUAACAUCCACCGACACAGUCUAUGGCUAUACCAUAGUUGAGAAACUUUACCCAACAGGGUACGGCUCCGCCGCCGCUUACGAGAACGGCUACUCCCUCGACAGCGACGGCAACGUCCACAGCACAGUCUACAAAGUGAACCUCACCUUCACCGCGCCAACAGGCUGCUCAACCAAAUGGACAUCAACAAUCGCGGCGGAAGUCACGCCCCCAUACACAAUUGCCAACGCUCUUCCCCGCGAAACAGGAGCCGCCUCCACUUCCGUCGACGACACUCGGCCUUUCCAACCAACAACAUACUACUUCGACGUCGUCUACGUCAACCCAACUCAAAUUCCAAGCCGUACCCUUUCUUCACUAAGUUACUAUAAUACCCCGACCUCUGUAGCCGGCGGCGCAUCUUGCCAGUAUACAUCCAGCUCCGGUGGCUAUUACGGCGGCGGCUAUUACACCAACAGCUAUUACGGCGACGACUACUGGGAUAACUGGUACACAAGCAAGUGGGGUCUAGGCGUUGGAAUCUCCGGCCUGGCAAUAACACUCAUCUGUGUCCUGGGCUGGAUAGGCCUGUUCCUGAUCCUCGGCUUCAUCGAAGCAUGGGUCCGAUUCCGCCGUCUCAUGACAGGCUGGCAAACCCGUCGCGGACUUCCGCUUUUCUGGUGUUUCCUUAUCUUCCCUGUUACGCUGUUCUUCCUCUUUUGUUUCCGGAAGGGGUAUCGUGCGCGCAGUCGUGAGGAUGCCGAGGUUCUAAAGAAGAGGUGGGAUGCUAUGCCUUUCGGGACUAAGUUGAAGCUUUACUUUGUUUGGGGCUUCCGCUUCAAGUAUCCGCCUAUCCUGGGUCCUGCACCUGCUAGGGUGCAGGGUAGUAAGAAGCCUAAGGAGUCGGGUCCUAGGCUUUUGGAUGCUACUCCGCCUGGUUCUGCUGCUGGGUCUGGGGCUGAGAGGGGUCUUGCUGGUGUUCCUGAGGUUGGGGAGGUGCAGGGUCAGCAGGGUCAUGUUGUUCCUCAGCCGCAUGUUCCUGAUGUCGAGGCUUCGGGGGCUACUUCUGGGCCGAGGGAUGAAGAGAUUGGACACGCUCGUUGA